UCUUCCCCUCUACUCCACCCGGGCACCAGUUCCUCUUCCCUCUGAGUCGCUGGGUGCCGAGCUUGAGAAGCGCCAGGGACGACAGCGGAUACGGAUCCGGAUCCGCAGAGGGUCUGACGCUCUGGUCCCAGAGUCCAAGAGAGCCACGACGCAGCCUCUCUGCCCUGGAGGCUUCCAGCACCAAGGCAAAGGCGUGGCAGCGGGACCAAGAAGGUGGCUUGAAUGGGGGGUGCCCUGAUGUGGGUGCUCUUGUUGCUGCUGCUGCUGCUGCUGCUGCUGCACAAUCCAGGCAGCCAGGGGUUGUCGUGCAACGUGUCAUCGGGGGACGUGGACUGGACCAGGGAGUUCACAGACACGUGCCUGAACUUCAGCGGCCAAAACCUGAGGCAGCUGCCCCAGAACCAGUCUCUACAGGCCAGCAGCGUGCUCCUCCUGGACCUGUCUGACAACCACCUUAAAAAGCUCCCACCGCUCUUCUUCACCCUCCUGGGGGAGCUGCAGGUCCUGGAUGUGACAAACAACCAACUGGACCCCGUGGACAGGGCGCUGGCUGAACGCUGUAACCUUGACCUGAAGGCUGACUGCAGCUGUGGCCUAUUACCCUGGCAUGAGGUCCGGCGGGACAAUUGCUCUGACCAGUUGCCUCUGCAGUGCCUGGAUAUGGCUACCGGAGGCUGGCACAACCUCUCUGCCUUCUUGGAGGUGGGCUGUGCCUCUGGCCUGUCCACAACGGCCAUAGGAGCUCUGGCGGCCAGUGGAAGCCUGCUCCUCCUGCUUGCCGUUACUGGCCCAGUGCUGGCCUGGAGAUGCUGUGGCCAUUGGGUGGAUGGUAGCUGGGGACUGAGCAAAACAUGGACUGCGCAGGAUGUUCCCAGGUCUGGCUCUGGCUGGCAGCCGAGGUACAGUAGCCGGAGCCUCAGCCAGAAGCCCCCAAAGGCCACCCUGCCCCAACCUUCCACACCUGACUAUGAGAACAUGUUCGUGGGCCAGCCAGCUGCUGGGCACCAGUGGGCCGAACCCAGGGCUCACCCUUCAGAGGACAGCGACUUCUACAUGAACUAUGAGAGCCUCCACCAGGACUCCCAGCCUGUCUACUGCAACCUGCAGUCACUGGGCCAGGCCCCGCUGGACGAAGAGGAGUAUGUGAUCCCUGGGUGCUGAGCCUUCACCAUCUCAAACUCCAGCCUGCCCCCUUCUGGGUGACUUGGGGCAUUCUGGCUCUUCCCUGGCCUCAGUCUUCCCAUCUGAGGAAUGGGGCCAGGGAAGGAUCAUCCUUGAGACCCCAAAGAGGCUCUACAGUCCCCUCCCUAGCCCACUCUGCUCUUCAGGCCCCUUGGAGGCUAGAGGGGGUGGAGGAGAGACCCCAACACGGGGACAGGAGGGUCAAUGUGUGAACUCUGUCAUCACCCUCCUGUUGGUAUGCAGGUGGUACUCAAUAAAUGCUGCAAGGUUGACAA